UUACAGAAGUCAAACAGUUAAAGCAAAUUCUGGAGAAGUGCUAGAGACCCGGAAAAAAAAAAAAAAGUGCAUUGUUUUCUUUCAGUUAGUCACCGGUGGAUAAACUGUGUUUCUAGAUUCCUUGCUUCAAAUUUCCCAAAAGGCUUUCUGGCCUCUUUCCUCAUCUGCUAGACUUGCUUCCAGCCUCGGUGAACAGCCUGUGUUAUUUUCCCCUCUGUCAAUACCCUCGGAUCCUGCCUUGGUCAACGGGCCUCCCACUGGAACUGGCCCCUGGACCCCCUCACCCCAGCUUUGACUAAAGAACAGCAGCACCUUGUGCGUGAUCUUGUCCCUAUGGCUGGGACGAGGGCUUCAGGGCAGCAUGAGUAAGAGAGAGAUAAGCGUGUGUCAACAAACUUGGGCCUUAUUACAUAAGAACAUUCUUAAAAAAUGGAGAAUGAAGAGAGAGUCCUUAAUGGAAUGGACGAAUGCAUUGUUCCUCCUACUUUGCUUGUACCUGUAUCCUCAUGGUCAUCAAAUGAAGGACUUUUCUUCACUGCCUCCGGAGGACCUGGGACGGGUAGAUUCAUUUAGUGGAUCCAAAUUUACAAUCGCAUACUCACCUAUCACCAAUGUAACCCAACAGAUAAUGGGUAGAGUAGUUACUACCUCCUUCAUGACAGGUGAAGAAGUCAUGGGACUAGCAGAUGAAGAAAGCAUUAAAGAAUUAGCAGCAGAUUAUUAUGGUGAAAUAGUAAAAAUCAUCUUUACAAACACAUACUCGUAUCAUCUGAAAUUCUUGGGAUCCAGAAUCCCGGUAGGGAAGGAACACAAGGACCAUGAAGCUCAUUGUUUUGAAACGUUGGACGAUGUUGAAUGUUACAUCUCAAUAUUCUGGAAGGAAGGUUUCGUGGCUCUUCAAGCUGCCAUUAAUGCUGCUAUUAUAGAAACCACUACGAAUCGUUCGGCGAUGGAGGAGCUGCUGUCAGUUACUGGAAAAUACAUGAAGAUACAGCCCUUCGUCAGUCAAGGAGGAGUUAUGACUGAUUUUUUCAUUUUCUUCUGCAUCGUCUCCUUCUCCCCGUUCAUUUACUACGCGUCUAUCAAUGUCACAAGGGAGAGGAAGAAGAUGAAGGGACUGAUGGCCAUGAUGGGCCUGCGGGAUUCGGCAUUCUGGCUCUCCUGGGGUUUGCUCUAUGCUGGCUUCAUCUUCGUUAUGGCCCUUUUCUUGGCACUUAUUAUAAAAUCUAUCCAGUUUUUCAUUCUGACCAACUUCAUGGUGAUUUUUAUCCUUUUUCUCCUUUACGGAUUGUCACUGAUUGCUCUGGCUUUCUUGAUGAGCGUCUUGGUGAAGAAGUCUUUCCUCAGCAGCUUGGUAGUGUUCCUUCUUACUGUCUUCUGGGGGAACCUGGGAUUCACAGCUUUGUACAGAUACCUCCCUGUGUCCUUGGAGUGGAUUUUCAGUUUUCUUAGCCCAUUUGCCUUCACCCUUGGAAUGUCCCAGCUCUUACACUUGGACUAUGACUUAAAUUCGAAUGCAUUUCUCCAUGCAUCGGACGGCUCAAAUCUAAUUAUAGCAACAAAUUUCAUGUUGGCAUUUGACACUUUCCUCUAUCUGGCAUUGAUGAUGUACUUUGAAAAAAUUCUGCCAAAUGAAUUCGGACAUAAACGUUCACCCUUGUUUUUCCUGAAGUCCUCAUUUUGGUCACGACAACCACAGGCUGAUCGUGUGAUCCUCGAAGAUGAAAUAGAUUCUAGUCCUUCAUCAAAUGACUCUUUUGAACCAAUGUCUCCAGAAUUCCGAGGGAAAGAAGCCAUCAGAAUCAGAAAUGUUACAAAAGAAUAUAAAGGAAAACCUGAUAAAAUAGAAGCUUUGAAAGAUCUGGUAUUUGACAUUUAUGAAGGCCAAAUCACUGCAAUACUUGGUCACAGUGGAGCUGGAAAAUCAACGCUGUUAAAUAUUCUUAGUGGGCUGUCAGUUCCCACCAAAGGUUCUGUCACCAUCUACAAUAAUAAACUCUCAGAAAUCAAUGACCUAGAAAACAUCAUCAAGAUCACUGGAGUUUGUCCACAAUCCAAUGUACAAUUUGACUUCCUUACCGUGAGAGAAAACCUCAGGCUAUUUGCUAAAAUAAGAGGGAUUCCACCACAAGAAGUGGAGCAAGAGAUACAAAGAGUUUUGCUGGAAUUGGAAAUGAAAAAUAUUCAGAAUGUUCUCGCUCAAAACUUAAGUGGUGGACAGAAAAGAAAACUAACCUUCGGGAUUGCCAUUUUAGGAGAUCCUCAGAUGUUCCUGUUGGAUGAACCCACUGCUGGAAUGGAUCCCUUUUCAAGACACCGAAUUUGGAACCUCCUAAAAGAGCGUAAAACAGAUCGUGUGAUCCUGUUUAGUACGCAGUUCAUGGAUGAGGCUGACAUCCUGGCAGAUAGGAAAGUGUUUCUCUCCAAGGGGAAACUGAAGUGUGCAGGUUCUUCAUUGUUUCUGAAGAAGAAGUGGGGGAUCGGAUACCAACUAAGUUUGCAGUUGAAUGAAAUAUGUGCUCGGGAAAAGAUAACAUCCCUUGUUAAACAGCACAUCCCUGAUGCCAAAUUAUCAGCAGAGAGUGAAGGAAAGCUUGUCUAUACAUUACCCUUAGAAACAACCUAUAGAUUUCCAGAACUUUACAUGGAUCUUGAUAGCAGUCCCAGCCUGGGGAUUGAGAAUUAUGGUGUUUCCAUGACAACUUUGAAUGAAGUGUUCCUGAAGUUAGAAGGAAAAUCAGCAAUUGAUGAAUCAGAUGUCGACAUUCUAGGAGAAGCGCAGGUGGAAAGAGCCGGGGACACUGAAAGACUUGUUGAGAUGGAACAAAUCCUCUCUUCACUUCCGGAGAAGAGUGAGAAAGCAGGGGGCGUGGCUCUCUGGGCGCGACAAAUCGGUGCAAUCGCAAAGGUUCGUUUCCUGAAGCUGAAGCACGAAAGAAAAGCUCUUCUAUCACUGCUGUUGAUUCUGGUGGUUGGAUUUGCCCCUGUUCUUUUGGACUACAUCUUGAUGAAAGUCUAUCAGAACGGUUACACUUGGGAACUGUGUCCUCAUUUGUACUUCCUUGCUCCUGGACAACAGCCACACGACCCUCUCACUCGAUUAUUGAUCAUUAAUAAGACAGGGGCAAGCAUUGAUGACUUUGUACAUGCUGUGGAGCACCAGAACAUAGCUGUGGAGGUGGAUGCAGCUGGAGCUAGAAAUGGCAUAGAUGACCCGUCUUAUAAUGGAGCCAUUGUAGUGUCUGGUAAUGAAGAGAAAUACAACUUUUCAUUAGCAUGCAAUACCAAAAGACUGAAUUGCUUCCCGGUUCUCAUGGAUAUUGUUAGUAACGGGCUACUUGGAAUGGUUACUCCGUCAGCACAUAUUCAGACUGACAGCAGCACAUUUUUGGGGAACCUAUGGAAUAUUCCAUUUGAGUUCCUGGGAUACACCAUAUUCUGGCUGAUUUUGCUGUCCAGUUGUUCUCCUUACAUUGCCAUGAGCAGCAUUGACGACUACAAGAGCAGAAUGAGGUCCCAGCUGCGGAUUUCGGGCCUCUUUCCUUCCGCGUACUGGCUUGGGCAGGCACUGGUGGACAUUCCCCUCUACUGCUUGAUCUUCCUUUUUAUGUAUUUAAUGGACUACACUUUAAACUUCCAAGAGACUAUAUUCACAUUUAUAAGUCAUAUUAUUCAAAUCCCGUGUGCUGUUGGUUACUCCAUGUCCCUUAUCUUCUUUACAUAUGUGAUUUCAUUCAUCUUUCGAAAGGGGAGAAAAAAUAGUGGUAUUUGGUCAUUUUGCUUCUUUGUCGUCACCUUGUCCUCUGUGCUUAUGUUUCUGUUGGAGAUACCUGAAAGUAGUGUGCUAUUUUGCAUCGUCUUUUUAAUACCACAAGCCACAUUGAUUGGCUGCCUGUUCUUAUCUUAUCAUCUUUUCACGUAUGAUAUCUUUGAUGACGAACCAAAUAGUAGAGAAACUUUUCUGGUCUUCCUAAUUCCCUUGCUUCAUUUUAUCAUUUUUCUUUUUAUUCUCCGAUGUCUGGAAUGGAAGUUUGGGAAGAAACCCAUGGGAAAGGAUCCCUUCUUCAGAAUUUCUCCAAGAAGCAUUGAUGUGCGUCAAAAUCUAGAAGAGCCCGAAGGGGAAGAUGAAGACGUUCAGAUGGAAAGAGUGAGAACGGCUAAUGCCUUGAAUUCCACAGACGUCGAUGAGAAGCCAGUCAUUAUCGCCAGCUGUCUACGCAAGGAGUAUGCAGGGAAGAGGAAGCAUUGCUUCUCCAAGAGGAAGAGUAAAAUAGCCACCAGGAAUGUCUCAUUCUGUGUGAGGAAAGGUGAAGUUUUAGGAUUGUUAGGACAUAAUGGAGCUGGUAAAAGUACAUCCAUUAGGGUGAUAACUGGAGACACAAAAUCAACUGCUGGCCAGGUGCUCCUCCAAGGCAGCAGCGGAGGGGACGCCCCGGGCUUCCUGGGGUACUGUCCUCAGGAGAAUGUGCUGUGGCCCAACCUGACCGUGAGGGAACACCUGGAGGUAUUUGCCACCGUGAAGGGACUGAGGAAAGGGGAUGCCGCCGUCGCCAUUACACGGUUGGUGGAUGCGCUCAAGCUGCAGGACCAGCUGAAGGCUCCCGUGAAGACCUUGUCAGAGGGAAUAAAGCGAAAGCUGUGCUUCGUGCUGAGCAUCCUAGGGAGCCCGUCGGUGGUGCUUCUGGAUGAGCCGUCCACCGGAAUGGACCCCGAGGGGCAGCAGCAGAUGUGGCAGGCCAUCAAGGCUACCAUUAGGAACACCAAGAGGGGCGCCAUCUUGACCACCCAUUACAUGGCAGAGGCAGAAGCCGUGUGUGACCGCGUGGCCAUCAUGGUGUCCGGACGGCUGAGGUGUAUCGGUUCCAUCCAACACCUAAAAAGCAAAUUUGGCAAAGAUUACCUGCUGGAGAUGAAGGUGAAGACCCCUGCACAGGUGGAACCCCUCCACGCGGAGAUUCUCAGGAUUUUCCCCCAGGCCGCUCGACAGGAAAGGUACUCUUCUCUGAUGGUUUAUAAGUUACCAGUGGAGGACGUGCAGCCGCUAGCCCAGGCUUUCUUUAAAUUGGAGAAGCUCAAGCAGAGCUUCCGCCUGGAGGAGUACAGCCUCUCGCAGUCCACCCUGGAGCAGGUUUUCCUAGAGCUCUCCAAAGAGCAGGAGCUGGAUGACUUUGAUAAUGAACUUGAUCCUUCUGUGCAGUGGAAGCUUCUCCCACAGGAAGAGCCUUAGGCCACGAGGGCUUCGUGUUCCCCUGUAAGGCUGUGGCUGCUUUAUAAAGACAUUUAUUUUGGUAGCAUCUGUGUCAUAUUCUUAGGAACCGUAUUACACACACUGAGAUGGUUCUCCUUGCGGGGAGAGGGGGAGCCAUGCGGGUUGCUGCAGGAACAGCACCAAGGACCUGUCUGAGCUGCCUCCAGCCCAGCCUCUGCAGGCUGCUCUGGCUCCAUUUAUCUGCAUAAUGCUGAAUGAAUGUAUUUACUUUUAUACAAUUGUUCAAGUUUCUGAGUAUGAUAAACAGAUUUUCUUUACUAUUUUUGAGCCGAAAUCUUAAAACACGCUUUUCUAACCCAGAGUUAGAAUUCCAUGUAUUUACUCUCUGGAUAUUUGAGACUUUAAAAAGCUGAUAUCUUCAUAAAAAUAGAAGUAGGUUUUAGUAUGUUUGUUAUGACUCAGAGUAAUAAGACAUCGCCGGUCCUAAUGUCUGAUAUCAAUAUAGUUAAUAUGCCCACUGGUAACACUAUGGUACUGAUGCACUCUGGAAAGCCCAACCCUGCUGUUAGGAGUAGAUUGCACUUUUAUUUCUGUAAAACAACUGUGUCCCAUUUACGUGGUAUGUUCAAACACAGGCCUUCGAGAUGCCUGGAUUGUAACUGAUCCUCCGUGGGUAUGUGUCACUUGAUUUCAGAAAGCUGAUAAAUGUAAUAACAGAGCAAAUGAUCAAGUCGGUGAAAAAUGGAAAAUAAAUAUCAUA